AUGGAAUUCCCUCCGGAUCAAGCACUUCUUGAGGAGAAAAACACUCUUCUACAAAGCUGCGGAAUGGACGAGCAAAUGAUGUUUUACAAAUGGGAGUCCUGGUGUCUGCAGCGUGGAAAUAAGCCUGUCCUAAACUUGGAUAACUUCAGAGCGUUUGCCGCAGAUACGCGGACUCAAAUGGAGCGUCAGGUAAGGGCUACUUUACGAGAAAAACCAGAAAAGCGACACAUAAAAACAAAGACUGGGAUGAACUUUGAAAAUAUUCUUGGUUUACCUGCUAAAUCCCAGAAUUUGAAAAAUAACGCCUCAAGCCAACCUGUACCACCCGCUUCCGAUGUACCAAGUCUCACCGGUGAGUCUGGCCGUAUCCUUGAAACUCUCAACGCAAGUUUACCCUCAGCAUCUACUUCCGCUAAUGUUCCAAAACCAUCUUCACCUGAAAUAACAGCAUAUAUUGAUCCAAAAGCAUAUCAUUAUCGGAUCAUGUUCCAAAAACUCCAAGACUCAUCUGAAGUUCUUGAUGACCGAAUCGAUCUUUUCAGUGGUAUAGUUUGUGAACACUAUAAAAUUGCUGAUGAUGACCUUGCAAAUCCAAGCGAGCUUACACAGGAAAUGGUUACCGUGGUUGGAAGAGUCGUCGUUGAUAGCAACACUGUCGGUGGACGCCUUAACUCUAAUAGUAUACUAUUAGAAACUUCAAGAAGACUAGGCGCUGGCGCCAGAGUCUCACUUAAAUUAGAUGAAGUAUUAAAUUACUCCAUCUUUCCAGGGCAAAUUAUCGCUCUCAAAGGGUCCAAUCCUAGUGGUAAAGUGUUUGUUGCCAAAGAGAUUUUGCCAUUUCCUCCUCUUCCAUUCCCUGUUUCUUCUAAAGAAGAAAUUGAAAACCACAACAACCAAGAGAACAAUCAACCCAUUUCUGUCUAUGUGGCUUCGGGUCCUUGGUCUCUCCGAGAUGAUCUUUCUUUUACCCCUUUAAAAGUCUUGGUGUCUUAUUUGCUAGAGAACCCUGCCGAUUUGGUGAUCCUGACAGGCCCAUUCAUCGACAUCAACCACCCUAUCCUCUCCACAGGAAAUAUCUCUGAUACACAAGCGACUUCACUUGAAGACUUCUUUAAAGAACGCGUUACCCCAAUCCUUUCCAAAAUUUCUUGCAAAUGCAUUCUCCUACCUCACAUCAACGAUGCCAUUUCUAGUCAUCCCGCUUGGCCUCAAGACACAUUCGAUCGUCAUACACUAGGGCUCCCAUCUAACUUUACAUGCUUUCCGAACCCUUGCAUUUUCUCAGUAAAUGAAGUUGUUUUCGGUAUAUCCACGAAUGACAUUUUACUACACACCUCCAAGGAAGAACUUUUCCGAACUCCAAAGCAUGGAAACCUUUUUUCCCGAUUAGUAGCUCAUGUCAUUCAUCAAAGGCAUUUUUACCCUUUGUUUCCGGGUGGUUCUCUAGACAGAGGUAAUCCGUCAAAUAUCGACAUUUCACAUUUAAAACUUGGAGAGCUACUUCAAACUGUCCCAGAUAUCCUUAUUUUACCUAGCGAUAUGAGAUACUUUGCAAAGAUUGUUGAAAACGUGAUAUCUAUUAAUCCCGGAAAAGCUACGAAAGGAAUCGGUCUGGGAUCUUUUACAAAGCUAACAAUUCUUCCUUAUCCUCUUGAUUCUUCAAUUCCUCCUAGUGACCUUCUACAUAAUGCUCAAUCUCGUACUAAAGUUGAAAUUGUAAAGUUAUAA